AUGAGAGUUCUCAUUUUCCUAGCUGUGGGACUAUGUUUGAAAAAUGGAUCCACUUCUCAAAUCAUGAAUUGCUUCCAUGUAAGAGAGCAAUGCCUGCGUGAUACAAAUGGAUGUAAACAUGCAUGGACGAAUGUAGAAGGUGCCUGCACGAUUUCCGAUCCAGGUAACCCUUGCAAACUGAAGGAUUCCUUAAGCUGUAACCUGAGCAUCCAGUCUUUAGUGGAAAGCAAUUCCCUGUUUGAAGAGUGUCUCUGUCCUGAUGGCCUGGAUUGUACUGUUAACAAACUGCUUGGGAAGCAGUGCAUCGUUCAGUCAGAUAAUACGAAAAAGGAUAAUGCAUUCAAAUGGAACCUAACUACUCUUUCUCAUCAUGGUUUCAAAGGAAUCUGGUCCUGCUUGGAAGUGGCAGAGGCGUGCGUAGGGGAUGGGGUCUGUAAUGCACAGUUGGCCCCUUACCUUAAAGCUUGUUCAGCAAAUGGAAAUCUGUGUGAUGUGAAACAUUGCCAAGCAGCCAUAAGGUUCUUCUAUCAAAAUAUGCCUUUUAACAUUGCCCAGAUGUUGGCUUUUUGUGACUGUGCUCAAUCUGAUAUACCUUGUCAGCAGUCCAAAGACGCUCUUCACAGCAAGCCAUGUGCAGUGGAUGUAGCUCCAGCCCCUACUUGUCUCCAUGUAAUUCGCAGCUGCAGAGAUGAUGAAUUAUGCAGGGGGCGCUAUAGGAUAUUUAAGUCAAAAUGUUGGCAGCAUGUGACUAUAAAGUGCCAUGACGAUGAGACCUGCAUCAGCACCUUAAGCAAGCAAGACCUCACUUGCUCCGGAAGUAAUGACUGCAAAGCAGCUUACAUUGGGACCUUUGGGACGGUCCUGCAAGUGCAGUGCACCUGUAGGUCCAUUACACAAGGCGAAGAGUCUUUGUGCAAGAUUUUCCAGCACAUGCUUCAUGGGAGAUCAUGUUUCAAUUAUCCAAGCCUGUCCAACAUCAAAAGCAUUGCCUUGUAUCAAAGAGAAGCCCCGAAGGAUCUCCCACUAACUGGAUUACAUUCCUCUUUCAAUGGAGACGUCGUCUACAGUCUCAUGUGCAUGACGGUCACCUGUGGAACCCUCCUUGUGAUUCUUCUGAAACUGAGAACCUGCAGGAUAUCUAGUCAAACAAGAAGUCCUUCACCAAUCCAAAGACCUGGAAGCCUCAUGAUUCAUUGA